AGCAGCUGCCAUUUAAACAAAACCUUCAGUCGCUCAACUGCUCGUCGAAUUGAUUGAUCAUCACCAACAGCUAUAACGAUGGAUAACUUCGACACUACGAAAGCUUUCAAGAUCGCCAACUUGGCCGCUGCGGUCAUCAUGGUGCUUGGCGGUAUCAGUCAAUUCUUCCCAGUCGGCUUCCAGAGCGUUAUCAUCGGCUGCUAUGUUAUUCUCUUCGGUGUCGCAACCGGUAUCCUCGAAUUCCAGGUUCCUCCGCAGGUUGCACGGUACGGAAGCUUCCUAUUCUCUUUUGUUGGACGAGGUGCUCUCUACAUCUUCGUGGGAAGCAUCCUGCUUAGCGACAGCGUGCUCCGGAUCAUUGCUGGCAGUCUUCUCAUGCUGCUCGGCGUGGUAUACGUCGGACUGGAGUUUGUUCCCAGCAUCGAGCCACCCACGAACAUGCGAGAGGCCGAGUACCAAGCUGGCGGAGAGACGGUCUGA